AUGAGCGCUAGACAGCCUUUUGUGCCUUCGAGGCCAGCUUCCCGUGCCGCUGCUAGCGCUGGUCAAGAGGACGCCCUUGGCCUACCCAAGCCCGCUCCCCUGCGCCCUCAGAGCGCUUCCGGCGGGCGACCUACUUCAGAACAGGAGGGUACGGCCAGCAUCAUCACAGAACAGUAUGGCAUUCGAGCCACGGUCGCAACUACGGAUGGUUCCAACGUCAACGCGCUGAUAACUUCUGUGAACAAACCUCUCAAUAUAUCCGGUCUGAUGCAAAAGAAAUCGAAUAGAAGUCCCCAUCUUGCUAACCACGCGCUUCCCGGUUUGAACUCACGCAAGUCAUUCUCUGCCAACGAUGAAAAUUCGCAUUCCCCAGUGCUCAAUUCUACGGCGCAGAGAACUCCGCAUAUAGCCUCUUCUAGUGCUGCCGUUGGUCGACCUGCUUCGCCCUUCCCAUUAAGUAACUUCAAGGCUCCCGCUUUUCCUUCUUCCAGGCUUGCUACCGGUACUCGAAAUAUGACCAGCAUAAGUGAUCGUUCUCCUGUCGGGCAAUCUGGCUCUGGCAAUGCGCAUACAUCUCAUCCGGUCGCGGCCCCUGGGACGAAUGCACUGGAUACUGGUGACAACAUACCUUCUAGUCUCGAGCGUUCUGCUCAUUCUCCCAGUCCUUUCUCUCCUCUUGGGAUGUUCUGUCCUCCGGAUUUAUCGGUACCUCCGACUAAUUUUCAUCCAAUGAAAUCCUUCGGAAUACCAACACUGGAGAAGAUACAUGAGAACGCGGAAGUCUGGGCGGAUCAAUCCUUGGACCGAAGUGGACCCGUCUCCCUCGAUGAACAUACGGAACCCAUUCUACGCCGAGUCCAGAAGCGAUCACGUGCUCACGAAGUAUCUGACGACGAUUAUGGCGUAGAGCUGGAGGCCAAGCGGUGGCGGGCGAGUCCGGCUGGCGAUGCACAGCGGGAUAUCGCCAGUCGUGGCAGUACAGGGUCGCGUCGCCCCACUCCCCUGUCUCACCCUGGAUAUCAGACGGCAGCGACGGUCAUUGAUGUGGAUGAACGUGCUAACGACUUACAAACAAACCGUGGUAACGCAUACUCGACUGGUUCAGGCGGCCCGUCGCGACCGAUGGAAUGUGGUGGGGGCAUUGUUCACCGACUGUUCGGUCUAGAACCGUAUGCGUCGGUGGACGAAUACUUGGGGGCUUACGAAGCUGCGAAGAGACGUUGGACUGAGUGUACUCUAGAAGAAUGGCAGACUGGUGCGGACGAAAUGAUGAGCAAAUUCGGGGAGGUUAUGGACUUCGUCAAGGAUCAUCUGCGGGCGAAAACGUCCCUGUAUACGUCAUUGCAUUCAAAGGUCGAGGAACAUAAAGCAGUCCUCGGCAGUCGCGAAAAGGUCCUGAAGGAUGUACGCGAAAGUCUCGUUAGACAGAGCGGGAAUGUGGUUGGCUCUGGUGUUGUUCUAGGCGGGUAG